AUGCGUCAGAUAUCGAGUUUGUUAAAGAAAGUUUCUUUGGACUUGAAUAAAGAAAAAUAUCCAAACAUCCAUGUCAAUUUGUGCCGAUACAAUAGAAAAUUAAACUAUUUUCUGAGAGACACCAAAGUCGGCGUUAACCUUACAGUGUGUUGGAACGGAGAUAUAUAUAAAAAUCUAACGGUCAGUAUCGAUUUAACACCCGCGAUUCCAGUUGUUAUCUCCGAGCGGCAAAUGAGGGAUGUUAAUGAACAUGCUUGGAAGGAACUGGCAGACAGAAGUUUCCACGUUGUUCCAUAUUUAAAGCGUGGCGAAAAUGAAGAAUGGAGAGCAUCGUUUUCACUUGCAGAGGUUCGGAUCGUUAGGAACUUAACAAAGAAGCAAAUUUCACUUUACAAAUGUCUCAAAUUUCUACGCGAUCUCCAUGGGAAUGUUUUGGCACACAUUCCCUCGUAUCAUUUGAAAACGUUUCUUCUUACGACUUUAUACCAGAAUCCGGAUGAACAAAACGUAGAGUUGAUAGAGCGUGAAAAUUUCUAUUCCAGUGCAUCUUGGAUUCUUCUUCUUUUGAAAAAAAUUGCAGAAUAUCCGUUGGACGAAAGGAACAUAGAACAUUUCUUCCUUAAGUUUCGUCUGAGUCUUAUAGAUUACGACAUGCGAUGGUGCGCAUCUAUUUUGGAACAUCUCAAAUCCAGCUGA